AUGGCUAAAGUGAAUUCUUUUAAAAUUGCAUUUAUUACCUUGAGUUGGAUUCCUGUAAUGAUGACCUUCAAUAAUAACGUUUGCUAUGUAGCUAAUAUCAAAGGAUCAUCUAUGAGACCGACUUUGAAUCCUAAUGAUAAUGAAAUUUCCAAUGAUUGGGUUUUACUUUGGAAAUUUGGUUGCCAAAAAUCAUAUAAUUUACAUAGGGAUGAUAUUAUCUUAUUUAAGGCACCAUCAGAUCCAAGCACAGUAUAUUGCAAAAGAAUAAAAGGUAUACAGUAUGAUACCAUAAAGACAAAAGCACCAUAUCCGAGAGAAACUGUGACUAUACCAAGAAAUCACCUAUGGGUUGAAGGUGACAAUGUCUUUCAUUCAAUAGAUAGUAAUAAAUUUGGACCAAUAUCGUCAGGCCUAGUAAUUGGAAAAGCUGUUAAAGUAAUAUGGCCUCCAUCAAGAUGGGGAACUGAUUUGAAGGAGAGUUUGGGUAGAGGGAAUGUAGUAACUAUAAAUCCAGAUCUUUCAUGA